AUGACCGGCCUCGAGACGACGCGCACCGACGCUGGUCAGCAGGCGCUCAAGGCGUUCCAGCGCGUCGCCCACGAGGAGGCCUCGCAGCGCAGCGUCGCCCCCGGCCUGGCGCAGCUGCUGCCCGGGCUGGCCGCCGCCAUCGGCCUGGCUCUGAACCAGCGCAAGGGCGGCCUCCGCGGCCUCUCGACGGCGCGGCGCGCGGAAGACGAGGAGGCGCCGGCGCCCGUGGUCACCACCGAGGAGACCGAGUCGGCGUUCAAGGCCUUGUCGACGAAAUUCUGCAACCUGUUUGCUCUGUGGCUUGCCAUUGCGGCCAUCGCUGCCGUCAAGUACCCGCCCAGCUUCACCUGGGUGCAGUCGUCCUACUUCACUGGCCUGCUCGGGCUCCUCAUGUUCAGCGUCGGCAUCACCACCACCGUCGACGACUUCAAGGCGUGCCUGACGCGCCCGGGCGCGGUCGCCAUCAACUUCCUGUCGUGCUACGGGAUCAUGCCCGUCCUCGCCUACGCGAUUGCUAAGGCCAUUGGCGCCGAGGGCUCCAUCCUGGCAGGCAUGGUGCUGGUCGGGUCCAUCAACGGUGGCCAGGCCUCCAACCUGUGCACGCUCAUCGCCGGCGGAGACGUGGCCCUCAGCGUGCUCAUGACGACGUCCACGACGAUCGGCUGCAUCUUCAUGACACCGCUGAUCUGCAAACUGGUGCUGGGGGCCAUCGUGCCGAUCGACGCCAUGGGCAUCGUGGUCUCCACGUUCCAGGUGGUCUUGGCGCCGAUCUUCCUCGGCGUGGCGGCCAACACCCUGGCCCCGGGCCUCUGCAAGGCCUGCGCGACCUACACGCCGGUCGUCGGAGUCAUCUCUACGGUGCUACUCGUCGGCGCCUCCGUGGCAAAGUGCGCGGCCCCCAUCCUGAACGCGGGGCUGCCGCUGCAGCUGGCCUGCCUGGCUCUGCACCUGCUGGGAGGCAUCCUCGGCUACUUCGCCACGAAGGUGGCCAACUUCGACGAGAGGACGUGCCGAACGGUCGCGAUCGAGACGGCCAUGAAGAGCAGCGCGUUCGGCUUCCUGCUGGCCUCCCUGCACUUUGGGGCCUUCAACGUGCGCGUUCCCUCGGCGGUCAGCGUCGUGUGGAUGGCCAUCGUUGGAAGCGUCCUCGCGGUGUACUGGAAGGGGAAGCCGGUCUGA